UGCCAGUCAAUCCAUUUCCGUGACGAAGAAGAGAAGAGAAUGGAUCUUCUGUGCAACGCAUAUUCGAAUACCUCAGACGACGAUGACGAAGAAGAAGAAGAAGGAGAAAACCCAAAACGACAGAGAGUAUCACUCUCUUCCUCUAACCUACCCAAACCCUAUCUUCCUUUUCCUUCGCCUAUUUCCAACCCCCAAACGCAAACGCAAGCUCACAUUCCUGGAACAUACAUUUCCAAACGCCAACGCGCAUCGAUGGUUCCUCUCUCUCCCUCUCUUCCUGAAUCUGUCCCUGUUCCUUCUCCGUUUACUCUAUCUGGGAAUAUCUCAGAUGCUGAUAUACCCCAUGUUAUUUUACCAUUGUUGAAAAGUAAAGCAAAGGGUCAUCAAAGCCUGAGCCCAAAAUCUGAAAAGCUAUCUGCAACACUUUAUGGGCAUACAAAAGCUGUCAAUGCUAUACAUUGGUCAUCAAUUCAUGCUCAUCUCCUUGCAUCUGGUGGGAUGGAUCAUAUGGUUUACAUAUGGAAUGUAUGGAGCAGAAAUCAGAAGAAAGCAUGUGUGCUGAACUUCCACAAUGCAGCAGUCAAAGAUGUGAAAUGGUCUCAGCAAGGGCACUUUCUGCUUUCUUGUGGAUAUGAUUGCACUUCUAGGUUGGUUGAUGUUGGGAAGGGAUUGGAGACUCAAGUGUUCAGAGAAGAUCAAAUAGUCGGAGUUAUAAAGUUUCAUCCAGACAAUUCAAAUCUUUUCCUUUCUGGAGGAUCAAAGGGCCAUAUCAAACUAUGGGAUAUCAGAACUGGCAAAGUUGUGCAUAACUAUAAUCGAAAUUUAGGUCCAGUUCUAGAUGUUGAGUUUACACGGAAUGGGAAACAAUUCAUUUCUUCUAGUGACGUAUCUGGAAGUAAUGUCAGCGAGAAUUCUAUUAUUGUUUGGGAUGUGUCAAGACAGGUACCAUUGUCUAAUCAGGUUUAUGUGGAAGCUUAUACCUGUCCCUGUGUAAGGUGCCACCCAUUUGAUUCGAUUUUCGUUGCUCAAUCAAAUGGGAAUUAUGUUGCAAUUUUUACUACCACCCCACCUUACAGACUCAACAAAUAUAAGCGAUAUGAGAACCAUGGGGUCUCCGGGUUCCCGAUUAAGUGCAAUUUCAGCUUGGAUGGGAAAAAACUUGCCUCUGGCUCUUCUGAUGGUUCUAUCUACCUUUAUGAUUAUCAUUCAUCUAAAGUUGUGAAGAAAAUCAAGGCCUAUGACCAAGCAUGCAUAGACGUUGCCUUCCACCCAGUUAUACCUAAUGUUAUUGCUUCAUGCUCAUGGGAUGGAAGUGUUUUGGUAUUUGACUAGUGUUACCCAAUAUCAUCCCAAUUUCAGGGUAGUCUUUUAAUUUUCUCAAGGGAGUAAAGGGCAUGCAUUUGAUUGCUGCUAGAAAAUGGCUUUCUAUGAAAUGGGAAUCUGAGUGGAGAUGUCUAGCUUUCUCUAUGUCCUAUGCAGCUGUUUUAACUUUGUCACAAAUACUAUGUGAAUGAUGAAACCUUCUCCCACAAGUCUUAUUCGUUGCUUAAGUGUGCUCCUUUUACUGUUGUACUGUGGAUUUAAUAUUUGAUUCACUUAUUACAACAAUAGUGUAUCACAGUGUGAAUUGUUUAAAAAGCAGUUUAAAGUAUUUAC